GGGGUUUGUAGUCAAUAUACCUAAUGGACAGUCUAGUCUAUUAUGGGCACCAGUAUUGGAUCGAUGCGGCCGAUCCCCGGACUAAACACUUUCCGAUGGUAUAUGGUGGCAUAUGGAAAAUCCUACUAAUAUUAACCGGCUAUUUACUAUUGAUUAAAAAACUAUUACCCGACUAUAUGCGCCAACGUAAGCCCUAUCAGCUCAGAUUAACCAUACUGUCCUUCAAUACACUGUUGGUUACGAUUAAUGGCUACUUUUUCUAUCAACUUGUCUACCGAUGCGACUACGGGCGCCGUUUCCUGGAUUUUCGUUAUCCCGACAGAUAUGACUUUAGUCCGAAAACCCUAUACGAACUGAACCUGUGCUGGUGGUCCUGGAUAUCCCGGUUCCUGGAUAUGCUGGACACUGUGUUUUUUGUAUUACGCAAAAAAGACAACCAGGUCACAUUUCUACAUGUCUAUCAUCAUACGGCCGUACCGUUAUUAGGCUGGUUUUCAUUGAAAAUUAAUCCAUUGGCGCCAAUCAUCGGACUGUUUGGACUGUUCAACACUGCCAUACAUGUGCUGAUGUACUCGUAUUACUCCCUGUCCUUAUUAGGUCCACGUAUGCGACCCUAUUUAUGGUGGAAAAAGUAUAUAACCCAGCUACAAUUGCUACAGUUUCUCAUAUGCGGAUCCUAUGGUUGCGUAUUGUUUUGCCUGCAAACUGGAUAUCCGGCGGUUUGGUUCUGGGUUUGCGUCGGACAAAAUCCAAUAUUUUUCUACUUAUUUAAGGAUUUUUAUCGGAAAUCCUAUAAAAAGAUUAACACCAAUGAUUUUGAUUGA